UUCACCUCUGUACUUUCUGACGUUACCCGCAGAUAGGAACACACUGCCCCGUACAAUUUGUUGUUAUCGGUUACAUGUUCAAUCGCUUUGAUGAUGAAAGGAAUCGUGAACUCAAGAUUUAUGUCGCCUCAAGAAGGCUUAUCAGAUACUUAAUUUCGGCGCCAAAGCUUCCGCGCCGAACGGGAGCUUGGAGACUUCACUGCAUGCAGCCACUGUGCACGCAACACAGCGUUCACCACAGACCCGAAGUGCAAAGAGCCCCAACAAUGGCCGAGCAUAAUGACGAGCUAGCAGAAGAGGUUCCGCUUCAGCCACUGAAUGUGAAUGAUCCUGCGGACGACGAAGCAGCUGCUCUACCAAAUGGCACUGUUCCUGCGAUUCAUCUACAUAUUCCGCCGGUGAUCAGAAUGUGGAAACGUUACAAGAAGCGCAUAAUAUGGUUUGGUUUGGGAGUGUUACUCGUGGUAUUCCUCCUUGGCAUGUCUUUUCUCAUUAGAUCCUUUCGGGGCCAAGGGUUCCAUGUUAGAGGCAGACCGAGCAGGACACCGCAGGCCCCUGUGUCUGUGCCGAGUUCGCCACCCCAGCUACCGUGGAGAAGCCGCGUGGAUCCCAACCGCGUGCCUCGCAUACUACUAUGGAACCCUCCAAAGGACCUCGUAAUGGCAGCGGCGAACAACAGCAGUUUGACCGUCAGUGUAUGCUCCAAGAAGGGGAGCGAACAGUAUCGACAGUGCGCAGUAACACGGAGCCGGGAUAAUGCUACAGACAGUGACGCUGUCGUGUUCCACAGCGAUGCCUUAAAGGCGGAAGACCUGCCCUUUAGCCGUUCUGCAAAUCAAGUUUGGGUUUUUUGGGCACCUAACCGCUUGCCGCUUGGUGGUUCGAGCUAUGCAAACAAGAUUUCGGCAGCGGUGCUGUUGUCAGUGGAAAAGGCUUUCAACUGGUCAAUGGGCCACCGGGAUGAUGCGGAUGUUCACAUUCCGUACAAGCAUUGGCGUUGCAGCGGCCCCGCCAACAAUUACCGAACUAAAAAGGCGCGACAGAACAAGAUUGAGGCCAUGUCGAAGCGCAAGGACGCCGCCUGGAUAGUGGGCGCGUGUGAGCACGAGCGCAUCCGGAAAGAAAUGCCAAAACCGCUCCCAGCGAAGGUAGCAGCACGAAUCCCCGUCAGCCUCCUCAUGGACUGCGGAUCAGCAUUCUGUCAUUCGGGUCCGCAGUGUGUCCAGCACGUAGCGGAGAACUACCAUUUUAUCUUUGUCUCCACAUCGCCCGAUUGUUUCGAAAGCGCGGAGGAACUCAUUUAUGACGCAUUUCAGUACGACGUUGUCCCCGUGGUCUUCGUAUCACCGAACACCACUUUACUCCUGCCAGAAAACUCUUUCGUGAACGCGGCCUAUUUUCGCGAACCGGGACAGUUGGCUAGUCUACUGCGCUCUCUUCUGGACAACCGCGGCGCGUACGAGAGCUAUUUCGCAUGGAAGCGAAACUGCUCCGUGACUUCUCUAGACAGUGACUUGUGUGCCCUCUGCAGCGCUCUCUAUGAGGAACCAGUGCGAAAGGGAGCGCGACUGGACAUACUGGAAUGGCUGCAAGGCCGUACCUUGUGCGCAAGACAUCACUUUGCUUUGGACUCGUUCUUUGUAGCUGAAAGUGAAAUGCCCCUGUAAAGGCAACUUCCUGCUGUUCUACCAUUUUGCUAACGCGGUCUGAACGAAAGUGCAUGUAGUCCUGAAACGACACUUAAGUACGCGGCGUGUGCGUCGAGUGUUGGAUUCCAGUGAUGAUGACUACGCAUGCCCAAUGACUUGCUGUUUUCUGUUUCAAGUCCAUGCUUAUGAAUCCGUAUUAUUUUCUUUCGUGAUAAAAUAAAGUUGUAGUUAUGGUCACCAUGAAAACAUUUAAAGCAUUCAACGCCAGCACAGUUUGCUGUUGCGGCGAACAUGUAAGAUUGCAUUUUAGCAUUUUUUUACCACUGACGGGUACAUAAAUCCUUAUACUUGGAACGCGUCGUGAUGGGCUCUGCAGAAUAUUUUCUGCUUCGAAGUUGAAAUAAUGAAUAGGGCUUAGUUCUAAUGGGGGUCACAGAUCUUCUUUGCAGUGUGCGCGCAUAGUACUAAUCCUUAUCAGAGGAGUUACAGCGAAAACAGUCAUCGCUACCCAUGAAAUUGUGUUAGACAAAAAGAAGAGGUUCGCAGAUUAAAAAUAUUCUACCCUAUGUACAGAGUAGCGAAAGCGGCUUCAGAUUUGCUGUUGCUCCCCUCCAGCGGUUGAAGGGCGUAAACGAGAUAAAGUGUGACACUGCACUGAGUGGGAGACAAGGUUACUUCACGCUGUUCGUGCGCGCGCAUCCCUAAUAUUCUUUUCGUUCACGAUGCGUGUACUGGAACCAUCGAAAAAGAUCAUGCGAUACCGUGCACUGUAGCAACCAAUGUAAGCACCGAUUCCUGUGUGGUUUGCAUUGAUUGGGGAUAACUAGCCCUCAUGUUGACGGCCGGUUAUUCAGCGCAAUAUGACA